GGUCCACACGUGCCCCACCUCCACCUCUAUUAUUGACAGAAAAAGACCUCGCACGUGCCACCCCCAUCUCUCCGUUUUCUUCAGACUGUGUACCGGUACUUGUUCACUCUUUAAUUUUUUUCUAGUGGGCCUUGAAGAAAAACCAUCUCCAUCUACCCCAGCAUCAUCAUUAUCUUCAAUCUUCACUCUCUUUCAUCAACUUUCUUUUUGAUUUAGUGUUAAAGAUUGCACUUUUCAACUUUUGAGGGCUAAAAGACUAAAAGCUGAUCUGGGCACCGUUCUUGUUCUUGGUUGUUUCUGUAAGUUGCUGAUUUUGCCCAUACUUGCCUCUCAGCUCAUGGUGGUAGAUUUCGAUUUCGAUUUCAAUAUCAAUUUCAAAUCAAGAUGAAGAUGGAUCUUUAGCUUGAAUAUCUCUGAGCAGAAAAUAAGAUGGAUGACUCUGUGAAAUCGGAUUCUAGAUUGGAAGUGUCGGUUUCGUUUGGUAGAUUUGAGAAUGAUGCCCUCUCUUGGGAGAAGUGGUCGUCUUUUUCACCGAACAAGUAUUUGGAGGAAGUGGGGACUUUGUCAACACCUGGAUCAGUGGCACAAAAGAAGGCCUAUUUUGAAGCCCACUACAAGAAAAUUGCUGCUAAAAAAGCCGAAGAGGAAUUGGAUCAAGAAAAAUCGGACCCUGUUGUUCUAAACGCAGAUGUAUCGAGCAACGAAGAGCACAUCGAAGAUUCAUCCUUCGUAGAUUCUGAAUUUGGCUUGUCCAAUGGUGAGAGAUUACUUGAAGAAGUUGAACAGGAAGAUUGUAUACCUGUUAUUACAAAUCUAGCUGGCGGUGAUGACGUGGCAAAAGACGAUGAUGCUAGAUCGUCGGAAGUUGAUGAACAUGUGAUUAAUGUGAUUAGUUUGGAAGAAGAAAUAGCGGAUGCUUCUGUUGCUAAGGAUGAGUUGAGUGUUAAUGUAGAUGAAUCUGAGUUAGAUGUCGGAAAAGACCCUGUUUUGGUCGGGUUAAAAAAUCCUCAAAAACACCCUCUAAAUAUAACGGAAAAACCUCCGGAAAGGAAAAACGAAAGGAAAAACGGCACAGGGCAAACGGUUGUAUUGAAAAAGGAAAGUUCUAAAUCGAAUGCGCGGAUUGUAGCUCAAAAGGUAACUCCAACUAAAAUCGAGAGAAAUAAUUCGGCCGUGACAAAGAAGAAAGUUAUAUCACCUUCACCCAAAUCAUUACAAGCUUCAUCGACUCCCAAAUUUACAAAGCCAAUAUCAAUAUCAACACCUAUAUCUGCCUCGUCGAAAAAGAAGGUGAGUAACGGCUCACAGUCACAGCUGUCGAAAAGUAGGAAUAUUCCUGUAAGAGAAAUCAAGAGAGUAGCUCCGACGUCGUUGCACAUGUCUCUCAGUUUGGGCCCGGGAAAUUCUUUGUCUGGUCUUCCUUUGACUAGAAAGUCUUUGAUAAUGGAGCAAAUGGGGGACAAGGAUAUCGUCAAACGGGCUUUCAAGACGUUCCAAAAUCGUACUAAUGUUUCUACGUCCGACGAAAAAUUAACUGCAACAAAGCAUGUGUCGUCGGCUCCAUUGAAGCAAAAGACCUCCACCUCUAGCACUAGUACAAAGGGGAACGAGGGAGUGAGGAAAGAUGUUGAAAAGAGGGCUACUCAAAGGAGUGAAGUAAGAGCUCGAUCGAAUCCCGUGACUUCGGGACCACAUAAAAGUUCGGCACUCGAUAGGAAAAACACAAAGGCGGCAGCAUCACCCACUACUACUGGCAUCACAAGUGAUGAAAAAGCUGAAAAACGGAAAGAGUUUUUAAAGAAGCUGGAGGCAAAAUCGAUAAUCAGAGAAGCAGAAAAUGCCCAGCUUACUGCAAAAUCAAAGGUUGGUAUGGAGAACGGGACCCGUCAACGACCUACAUUGAGCCGUUGAAAAAGAUUGUUCUUUUUUGUAUUUCAAAUGGCUUCUUCGAGACUUUGGCUAAAUGAAUUAAGUAUCAAUUUGUUUU